UAUAGGUGUUGGAAUGGAUUCGGAACAGUUCGCAGUUAAAGUUUACACUUCGUGCAAUCAACAUCGGGCGAAUCACCAUUUCUGAUAGUUUGGAUCCGGUACACCGUCGCGAUGUCAUCAGAAGGAAGUGAUGCGUAUUUAAACGAUAUGCUGGACAUGUCUGACAAUGAAACAGUGAAAUUAAAGAAUGAGAAGAGUGAGAUCGCCCAAUUUUUUGCUGGCACUAAUGUUUUGGUAACAGGAGGAACAGGUUUUCUGGGCACGUUACUCGUCGAAAAAUUACUAAGAUCCUGCCCGGAUAUCGCGGUAUUGUACAUGAUAGUCAGACCGAAGAAGGGGAAAAGUUCAGAGGAAAGAUUUAAAGAAAAUUUCGCCGAAAGUGUAUACGUUAAAUUGAAGAGUGAACAACCGAACUUCCUCGAUAAAGUGGUCAUGUUAGAGGGAGAUGCUGCCCAAGAAGAUUUCGGUUUAUCAAAGGAGAGCAAAGAAAUACUGAUGAAUACCAAUAUUAUUUUUCACGCAGCUGCAACCGUUCGGUUUGACGAAAAAUUUCGCGUGUCGAUGAAUACCAAUGUGAAAAGUACGAAAUAUAUGUUACUGUUUGCAAAACAAUUGUCGAACCUGAAGGCAUUUGUACAUGUAUCAACCGCAUUCUCACAUUGUAUAUCUGAAUCCAUUGAUGAGGUACAUUACGAUGUUCCUAUCGACGGUGACAAGGUACUAACAUUGUUGGACAUUCUCGACGAUGACAUGCUUCAGAAAAUCACUCCCAUAUUACUCGAAAAAUGGCCCAAUACGUAUGUCUUUAGUAAAGCAAUUGGGGAAAAUAUGGUACUAAAGUACAGCAACGAUCUUCCAGUAUGUAUCGUUCGACCUUCGAUCGUGAUAUCGACAGAUAAAGAACCAGUUCAGGGUUGGACAAAUAAUUUGUACGGAGCGACAGGUGUAGUAAUGGCAGCUGGCGUAGGUUUGAUGCGUACACUAUAUUGUAAAAAAGAAAAAAUAGCAGACGUUAUACCAGCAGACUAUGUAGUUGCUAAUAUCAUUUCUUCUGCUUGGGAUGUUGCCAAUAGAAGAUCAUUGGCGAAGUCAAAUCAAGAUUCGACUAUGCCUGACGAGGAAAGAACACCUAUUUAUAAUUCUGUAUCCUCGUGUCAAAAUCCACUUUCUUGGGGUGACUUUAUGUACCUAAGUGAAGUCUCUCACGAUGGACACAGUAGUACGAAAGCUGUAUGGCAUUACAUGUUGGUACUCAACAGAUGUGUCUAUGCAUAUCAUAUAUAUUCUUUCUUUCUUCACACAAUACCAGCAGUUAUUAUCGAUACGUUUGCACGCGCCACUGGUCGAAAACCCAUGUGUAUGGACACGUAUAGAAAAAUACAUAAAUUUAGCAAAGUGAUAUCGUACUUCUCGUCACAGGAAUGGCAUUUUAAGAACGAUAACGUUAUGAAAAUAUGGCAAAAAUUGAAUUCCGUCGACCGAGAAAUCUUCAAUUUUAACGUAACAAACGUAGACUGGGAAGAAUACUCUUAUCGUCACAUAAGAGGUAUACGUAUCUACAUGUUGAAGGAGUCACCUGACAUUUUACAAGAAGGAGCCAAGAAGUUUAAAAGGUUGCGAAUAGCACAUUACACGCUAAUGACGAUAAUUUCAUUGUUAGUUCUAUGGUUGGUUGUAUGGUUCGUAUCUUUCUUUUGGUCUUUCUGUCCUUUAUCAGGUUAACAGCUGAUAGUAAUUGCGAUAUAGUUCUCUACGUUAAUGAUAAAUUAUUUUAACGCAAUCUUAUUUUUGUAAUUAUGUAUACACUUCAUAUUCGAACCAUCUGUUUUACUGUAACGCUAACAGAUGUCGCCACUAAUCCAUAAACUUGUUUCUCGAAGUAAGUGUACACAUAUAUACGUAUAUUAAUUUCCUUACGAGUUUUUUUACAUCGCGUUUAUCAAAUUACGAAUGAAACAAAUAUGUAAACUUUGUACUCGAAAUGGACGGAUACCCACCCAGCUGUUCGUUAGGUUUAUUUACAACAAAAAGUCGAAUAAGAUCGGGCAGAGUUAAAAAUAAUUCGAGCGAUACAGGAUUUGGUUUGCAUUGCAUUAUAGAAGUUGAUUAUUCGUUAAAUUUACUAUACAGAAAUAUGCAUUCUUCGUCAAAUGUAAUAGUUAUUCUAAAUGAUAAUGUAAGAAACAGUAUUUCGUGCAAAAUUUAUAUCAGAAAAUAUUUGCAAAUAUUAUUACACUCGAAGAAAAACAUAUAUUCAUGUAUACUGAAUUUGAUGAAUAAUAGACUCCGAUAAAGCAAUAUAAUCUCAAUACUAUAGCACUCAAAUUUCUUCUAACUUGAUCUAAAAUCUAAGUCUAAAAAAACAUCGUAACAAUUUAAUUAGUAUUGUGUACUGUCAUUAAACAUUCUUUAUAACUCGAAAUCACCAUGCCGGGAAUAUAUGAAUGGUAUAAAUUAGUUGUAAGUCAAAUGUAUAUCCGUAUUCAAUGUUCAAUGAACUUUUUAUUGCUUACUUUAAGAAAUUCUGAAAAAUAAAAGAAAGUCAUUUGUUACUUUUGCUCGAAAGAAAUUUGAAUAUUGAGAAUUAAAAUUAUUUUUGGAAUAUU